CAAUGCGUUUCAUCCGUCCACUAAACAGAAGCUAGCUCGAUGCUAUUUUGUAGGGUUUUGUGAACACACACUGUUAGAAGCAGUUACUUAUCGUUAAAACGACUUCUUGGCAGCCAUGACAACUAUAAAAGACGGAGAGUACACGGCUACCAUCUACAAACUGAUUAAAGACGGACAGUAUGUGGAAGCAAUACAUAUCCUAAACGGCCAACUUCAAAAACACACGAAGUCCAGGGCAGCACUCUCUCUGCUGGGUUACUGCUACUAUCACAUCCAGGAUUUCACCAACUCUGCAGAGUGCUACGAGCAGCUCACCCAGCUGCACCCGGAGGUGGAGGAGUACAAGGUGUACUACGCCCAGUCUCUUUACAAAGCUGGUGCUUACCCUGAGGCUACAAAGGCUUCCUUCGUGCUUGAUAACCCCAGCAGUCACAUCAAGAUGGUCAAGCUGCAAGCCUGCAUCAAAUAUUGUGAGGAAGAUUACUCCGCUGCCAAGUCACUCCUGGAGCAGCUUCCCCAGGAAGACCCGGACUAUGUCUACAAUACGGGCUGUCUGCUUUACCAGGACGGGAAGUACGAGGAGGCCUGCAAGAAGUUCACGUCUGCCCUUCAAGUGCUGGGAUACGUGCCAGCUCUGUCAUACAACAUCGCCCUGUGCUUCUACAGCGUGAAGAACUACGCUCAGGCCCUCAAACACAUCGGAGAGAUCAUCGAGAGAGGCAUCAGAGAACAUCCGGAGCUGAGCGUGGGGAUGACGACCGAGGGCAUCGACGUGCACAGUGUGGGCAACACGCUGGUGCUGCAUCACACCGCCCUGAUCGAAGCCUUCAACCUCAAAGCUGCCAUCGAAUACCAGCUGAAGAACUCGAAAGGAUCUCAGGAGGCUUUGACAGACAUGCCCCCCCGAUCAGAGGAGGAGCUGGACCCCGUGACGCUACACAACCAGGCUCUGUUGAACAUGGACACGAAGCCGUCGGAGGGCUUUGAGAAGCUGGCCUUCCUGCUGCAGCAACCCUCCUUCCCCCCCGUCACCUUCGGGAACCUGCUGCUGCUCUACUGCAAACAUGAGUACUUUGACCUGGCUGCUGACGUCCUGGCAGAGAACGCCCAUCUCACAUACAAGUUCCUCACACCGUACAUGUAUGAGUUUCUUGAUGCCCUGUUGACCUGUCAGACAGCACCAGAGGAGGCUUUUAGGAAGUUUGAUGAGAUGAACGGCAAACUGACGGAGCAGUUACGGAAACUGGCCAAGCAGGUGCAGGAAGCCAGGCUGACUAGGGAUGAUGAAGCUCAGAAGAAAUGUCUGCAGGACUACGACCUGAUGCAGGAGAAGUACAUCGUGGUGCUGAUGGCCCAGUCCAAGAUCUACUGGAACCGGGAGAACUUCCAGAUGGUUGAGAAGAUUUUCCGAAAGUCGGUAGAGGUCUGCAAUGAGGACGACACCUGGAAGCUGAACGUAGCCCACGUGCUCUUCAUGCAGAACAAGUACAAGGAGGCCAUCGGCUUCUACGAGCCCAUCGUCAAGAAGCACUAUGAUAAUAUCCUGAAUGUGAGCGCUGUGGUCCUGGCCAACCUGUGUGUGUCCUACAUCCUGACCAGCCAGAAUGAGGAGGCUGAAGAGCUGAUGAGGAAGAUUGAGAAGGAGGAAGAGCAGAUCUCCUACGACGACCCCGACAAGAAGGUGUUCCACCUCUGCAUCGUCAACCUGGUCAUCGGGACGCUGUACUGUGCUAAGGGAAACUAUGAUUUUGGCAUAUCUCGUGUCAUCAAGAGCCUGGAGCCUUACAAUAAGAAGCUGGGAACAGACACAUGGUUCUACGCCAAGCGUUGUUUCCUCUCCCUGCUGGAGAACAUGUCCAAACACAUGGUCAUGCUGAGGGACGCUGUGGUACAGGAGUGUAUCCAGUUCCUGGAGCACUGCGAGGUGUACGGUAAGGAGGUCACGGCCAUCAUCGAGCAGCCUCUGGAGGAGACCCACUCCCACAUCGGAAAGAACACCGUCACCUACGAGGCCAGAAUGCUCAAGGCGCUUUUCUACGAGGUCAUUGGCUGGAACAAGUGACAGGAGUCACAGCAACACAUGAGGUGUUUUACCACUUUGAAGGAGAAUGGAGCAAGGCACAGAGACAGCAUAACAAGGCCUGCUGUGCAAGCUCCUUAUUCCUGGGAAUCAAAUCCAGUUCCCAGUUCUGACUCCUUCGGGCAGCGCUUGGACAGCUCACACCCCAGGUGAAGCUGUUAUUUAGAAAUGGAGUGAAUCCGGGGGAGUUUGGGCAAAAAGAUGGCUGCAGCAGAUGUGACAUCAUCAGUUUGUGUUCUUUCUCAAUGUAAUGGCGUCUUUGCUUCACUUCACAGACUCUCUGACAUUCAUAUUUAUUUAGUACUUUUAUUAUCAGUACUACUUUUGUACUGCUGUAGAGGAUAUCAUGUGUAUAUAUACAUAUAUAUAAAGCAGACUUGUUUAUUGUGUUUACAUGGAAUACGUGAUACAUUUUGUACGUAAGCUCCUCUACAGAUGUCCUCUUUGGUCAGUGCUGGUUGUACAGCUGCCUGCUAGCUUUAUAUUCAGUAGCUACAAAUAAUUUAAAGAAAAUAAAGAUAUUUUUGGAAGAAAAAACUGCUUACGA